GAGGGGAGGAAUCACAGCCUUGAACAUACCAGAUUAUUUAGUGAUCAGUGGUGUUUAUGCUUGUGGAGAACGAGGACGGAAAUUUCAUUAUAUAAGAUAUUAUUUUUCCUGAGGCACGACAGUGAACAGAGGCUUGUUUCUCGUUGCGUUGUUCAUCCAGACCCUCAGCGUUCACCAGUUUUCAACUCCUCACUAUGGACGAGUCAGGAACAAAACGAGAAAACAAGGACGAUGGAAUGAUGGUUUACCUGAGGCGUUUCUGGAUUCUGGGAAUAUUUUCGUUCUUGUCAUUGUUCCAGAGUCUUCAGUGGUGCCUCUGGGGACCUCUUAGUGAGAGUGUUAACGCAGCGUUUGAAGGCUGGGGCUCAGGGACCGUGGCCAUGAUGUCCAACUGGGCCUCAAUAACAUAUGUAUUAUGCGUGGCACCCUUGUGUUGGUUGAUGAGCACCAGAGGCUUGCGUGUAGGUGUGGUCACCUGUGUUGUGCUCGUUGCCACUGGAGGAAUCAUCAGAAUUAUCUCCUUUACAACAGAUUCCGACGAAUUCUUCACAGUAACGUGCCACAUUGCAGCUGUACUGAAUGGAAUUGCCGGGCCUCUGAUCAUGUCUACUCCACCGAUGAUAGCAGCAGAAUGGUUCCCACCCAAGGAGAGAACUACAGCCAUGGCAGCCUGCCAAUUAAUGACUGGCCUGGGGAUGGCAGGGAGCUACUUGGAAGCUCUUGUGGUUCGUGCCCCGACUACUGGUGUGACCAGCAGCCAGAUUAAGAGUGAUAUUAGAAAACUUUUAUACUUCUAUGCUGGUGUCGGGGUAGCACUGUUGAUUGCUAUCCUGGUGUACUUCCCAAAAAAGCCUCCCACACCGCCCUCCAUCACAUCUUCCGUGGAAAGGCUGAACUUUAAAAUCAGUUUAAGGAAGUUAAUCAGAAGACAGCAUGGGACGAGAGUGGCAGAGUUGUGUGGACAAGAUGCUCAGCUCCAGAUGCGACGAGCAGAGAUAGAGGCAAACAAGGAGGUCGAGCUGAGACGUGUUGAGCGCGGGCUGGUCUCGGUACCGGGACGACAGGAUGACCUCAAGGCAAGGGAGUGCGACACACCAACUUGUGAACCUCUUGAAGCUGAGGCAUUCUUCAAAAUUUCGAGAGAAUAG